AUGGCAGACUUUGACUUUAGAUUCGAUAUAAUGAGCAGUUUGCUCGAUGGCGCUGAGAAGGUACCAGUGCCAGAGAAGCAACAACCACAGGCUCAACAAGGAAUGUCAAAUGCAAAGAAGAGACGUGAACAUAAUGAAUAUUAUAAGAAGGAUGUACCAACACGCGAUGAUAAUGAUAAUGAUGCAGACGAUGGUGAAUAUGACAAGAGUGUAUACGAUGCCUACGUCACCAACAGCAAGAAGAAGAGAGUCAAGGAGCAACGCGAGAAGGAGAGAGCCAACCGCCAAGCCACUGGAGACUAUGCCCACACUUAUGAGCAAGACUAUGACAAAAACCAAUAUGAUGAAGACAACAACAAUGGUUAUGGACAUGGUCAUGGACAACAACAACAACAACAACAACAGAGACCAACAAAGAAGUCAAGACAUAGUCGCGAUGAAGAGGGCGGCGAGGCAACAGAGGGUGGCGAGAUGAUGGAUAGUCAAGUCGUCCCACAGAAGAAGGAGAAAGAGAAAGAGAAAGAGAAGAAGAAGAAGGUGGAAGAGAUUAUAGUGUAUCCAGCAACACUUAGGUUGUACUUGGGUGGUCUGCCACCAUCUGUACCACAUGCCGAGCUGUCCAGUCUGUUCACAUCAGUGUCCAGUGAGUGCAAUGUUCAAUCACUAGAGUUGGUCAACGAUGCCGUCGAUGGACAUUAUAAAGGCUUUGCCUUUGCCGAUGUUCACUUUGCCACCGAAGACGCAUUCAUCAAGUUGUCCAACAGUCUGUCCAAGACCAGAUGGAAGGGUUCCAUCAUCACCCUGGCAAAGGCCAAGCAUCCACACUUCACAAAGAGAUGGCAACAACUCAAGGAUGAAGAGAUAAAGGAGGAAGAGGCAUUGUUGAAGAAGAAACAGGAUGCAGAGCGUUUGGAACAGGAGAAGGCCCAGGCCAAACGUGAUCAGGAGGAGGCACAGGCAAAGAAGCGUGAGAGGAUUGAGAAGAAGAAAGAGAAGGAGAGGUUCAAGAGUAAUCCAUACUCAAAUGACACGAGUGGCUGGGGAGCAACAUCAUCAUCAAACGCACAAAGAGGUCGCCAACAACAUCAUCGUGAAGAGCAGUCAUGGAAUGAGAAUGAUCAAGGAUAUGGACAAGGAUAUGAUCAAGGUUAUGGACAUGGAUAUGAUGAAGGAUAUGGAGGAUAUGAUCAAGGAUAUGGACAACAACAUGAUGAGGGUCAUGGAGGUGGUGAUGGAGGAGCCUAUGAUAUGAAGAAGCAGUCGGCUGCAGAGGGUGAGAGGAAGAGACAGGAGGCUUUCAAGAAGAGGAUGCAACAAAAUAAGCCAACAAUGGUUAUUGAGGCUAGCAAGGAUGAUGUUGUGAUGUUUGAUGAUGGUGAAGAGUCUGCUGAGCCAUCAUCACAUGCUCAAUCUUCAAAUAAGUCCAACAACUACAACAACAACGAAUAUGAUCAAAGUUGGGACAACAAUAGUGAAUGGCAGGAUGAUGGCAACAACUAUCAAGAACAGGAACAAGGACAGGACUACUCCAACUCAUAUAACAAGGGAGGAUAUGGUGGUGGCCAUAACAACAACAACAACAAUAGGCGUGAUAAGGAUACAGAGUGGAGUCGUAACAAUGCCUGGGACAAGAAAGGAAAGUGGUCAAAGGAUGAUGGUGACUACAACAACAAGUGGAACAACAAAAAUGAUGGAGGUGACUGGAACAACAACUCCAAAGGCUGGAACAACAAGGGUGGUGCUGACCAGGGUUGGAACAACAAGUGGGCCAACGAGAAUGAAUGGGACGAAGCUGGCAAUGAUGGUGGAUGGAAGAACAACAAGAACAACAACAAUGGCAGCAAAGGUUUGGACAACGAUAACGUCUACAAGAGUACCACCAAGGACAACAAUAAGUGGGGCAACAACAAUGAUGGAGAGUGGGACAACAAGAACUACAACAAAUGGAACCGUGGAGGAGGUGAUGAUGGAGGUUGGGGCAACAAUGCUGCCGCCGGAGGUUCUGGCGCUGGCAAGAACAAGUGGAGUCGCGAUGACAACACCAACACCACAUGGGAGGAACCCGCAGCAUCUGUUCCUCGCGAGCCUGCCAAGUGGGUGAAGAUUGAGCGUUUCGAUCCAAUGGCCAAGGACCAUGAGCUCCUGGAAAUUGGAAAGAAGAAGAAGGUAUAUCCAAAGAAGGGUGAAGUAGAUGGUGCCACACCAGCUGCCACCUCUGCAACAACCACUGCCACAGCUACCUCUAAACAGAACAAUAAUAAGCAAUCACAUACUGUGGCCACGAAUGUACACAGCACAACGACUACAACUCAACCAUCGACAUCAACAACAAAGUCAAGUACUGAGGCCCCAAAGAAGAAGGCACAGGUCUUGACAUCAUGGAGAUCACUGUUUGACGGCAACAGUAAUGCCGCCGCUACCACCGCUACCACCAACACCAGCAAGUCAAAAAACAACAACAACAACAACACCGUGGAAGAGCAACCAUUCAACAUCUUCUCAUUGUUUGGCAAUAACUCUGUUGACAAUAGUGCAGCUGUUGCAUCAGCUGUCGCCACCGCAUCAUCAUCCACCUCAACUUCGACAUCGACCAAGACAACUCAAACUACAUCAACAUCCAGCGAUAAUACAAAGCGACCCAAGAAGCCAUCAUUCUUUGACGAUGAUUAG